CGGUUCUCUCCACCCUCCACCACUGUAAACAAGCACAAGGAAGAAGAAGGGCAGAGGCGACAGAACCAGAAGAAGACACUGAGUCGCCGUCUUUGGAUGGUGAAAACCACGGACCCGGGAAACCUUUACAGCCCGGGGUCACACUGAAGUCCUCUGCAGGGUGUUGUUGUUUUCAGUCCUCUCUCCAUCAGCACAAACCAUAAGAGGAGAGGUUUUGCCUCACACAUCAGCCUUCCACCUUCAGGCUCAGGAUGCAGACCUACCUGGCUUUGCUGCUGGGGAUCGUGGCCUCCGCUGCCUCAGUGGAAUGGAGGCGUCCAGUGAUCAGGCUUAACUCUGAGGUGGUGGACAGUCCCGAGGUGGUGGUCGACGCCGGGUCCCCCCUGGACCUGAGAUGCGAGGGUGACGCCCCUGUGAACCUGCAAACCAGGCUAACCAAACACAGACGCUACAUCAAGGGCAGCGGAAACACGCGUGUCCUGAAGGUGGAACGUCCGACUGCAGAGUUCACCGGAACCUACAAGUGCGUCUACGCCGCUGGGUCUGGGUCGGACAACCUGAACACCUCUGUGCACGUGUACGUAAAAGACCCCAAUCGUUUGUUCUGGACCAGCAGCACAUCGCUGCGGGUGAUGAGGAAAGAGGGCGAGGACUACCUGCUGCCCUGCUUACUGACCGACCCAGCAGCCACGGACCUCGGCCUGCGCAUGGACAACGGCACCACGGUGCCGCCAGGGAUGAACUUCACAGUUUACCGGCACAACGGCAUCCUCAUCCACAGCCUCCACCCGAGCUUCAACGCCGACUACGUCUGCACGGCCAGGGUCAACGGGGUGAAGAAGACCUCCAGGGUUUUUUCCAUCAACGUCAUUCAGAAGCUUCGCUUCCCCCCGUAUGUCUUCCUGGAGACGGACGAAUAUGUGCGCAUAAUUGGAGAGGAACUCAAGAUCCGCUGCACCACACACAACCCCAACUUCAACUACAAUGUCACCUGGAGAUACGCCACCAAGUCGACACCAGUGAUUGAGGAGCAGGUUCGCUCCAGUGGAGAAAACCGACUGGACAUACAGAGCAUCCUUACCAUCCCUGCCGUGGACCUCGCAGACACGGGGAACAUUUCCUGCAUCGGUACAAAUGAGGCAGGGGUGAACAGCUCGACCACAUACCUGCUGGUUGUGGAUAAGCCCUACAUCAGACUCCUGCCCCAGCUGUCGCCUAAGCUGUCCCACCAGGACCUGCUGGUUGAGGUGAACGAAGGGGAGGAUCUGGACCUCAGUGUGUUGAUUGAAGCGUACCCCCAGCUGACAGAGCACAGAUGGCACACGCCAAUGUCUCCGAACACGUCCACUCAGGAGCACAAGCUGAUCCGAUACAAUAACAGAUACCAUGCUAGUCUGCAGCUUAAGAGGAUGAAUGCACAGGAACAGGGCCAGUACACCUUCUACACCAAGAGCGAAUUGGCCAAUGCGUCCAUCACGUUUCAAGUCCAAAUGUACCAGAAACCUGUCGCUGUGGUGAGAUGGGAGAAUGUAACCACCCUCACCUGCACUUCGUUUGGCUACCCGGCCCCCAGAAUCGUCUGGUACCAGUGCUUUGGCAUAAGGACGACGUGCAAUGAGAACACCUCGGGGCUACAGAUGGCCAUCCCUCUCCAGGCCCCCACCGUGGAGGUCCAGAGGGAGGAGUACGGCGGCGUGGAGGUGGAGAGCGUCCUGACGGUGGGGCCGUCCAGUCGCAGGAUGACGGUGGAGUGCGUGGCCUUCAACGCGGUCGGCUUCAGCAGGGACACGUUUGCCAUGGAGGUUUCAGAGGACCUCUUCAUUUACAUCCUGAUGGGAGCGGCGGGAAUUCUGACCAUCCUCCUUGUGCUCCUGGUUUUUCUGUUUUACAAAUACAAGCAGAAGCCCAGGUACGAGAUCCGUUGGAAGAUCGUCGAGGCCAGAGAUGGAAACAACUACACCUUCAUUGACCCCACUCAGCUGCCUUACAAUGAGAAGUGGGAGUUCCCACGAGACAAGCUGAAGCUAGGCAAGGUCCUGGGUGCAGGAGCCUUUGGGAAGGUGGUUGAGGCCACAGCCUACGGUCUGGGGAAGGACGACAACGUAUUGCGUGUGGCUGUGAAAAUGUUAAAAGCCAGUGCCCAUUCAGACGAGAGGGAGGCUCUAAUGUCCGAACUGAAGAUCCUGAGCCACCUGGGCCACCACAGGAACAUCGUCAACCUAUUAGGAGCCUGCACCUACGGAGGGCCGGUGCUGGUGAUCACGGAGUACUGCAGCCUCGGUGACCUACUGAACUUCCUCCGCCAGGCGGAGACGCUGGUGAACUUUGCAUCAAACCCUCCAGACUCCAUGGAGGGUUCAAAUGACUACAAGAACAUCUGCAGUCAGAGGCAGUUCAUCAGAAGUGACAGUGGGAUUUCUAGUGAGUCGUCCAGCAGCUAUUUGGAGAUGAGACCCAGCCAAAUGCCGAAUCUUGAAUCAUCUCGGGACUCAGUGUGUGAGGAAACUGGUGACUGGCCCCUGGACAUCGAUGACUUGCUGAGAUUUUCCUUUCAAGUGGCUCAGGGUCUUGACUUCUUGGCCGCCAAAAAUUGUAUUCACAGAGACGUCGCUGCGAGAAACGUCCUGCUGACUGAUCGAAGAGAGGCCAAGAUUUGUGACUUUGGUCUGGCACGAGACAUUAUGAACGAUUCCAACUAUGUGGUGAAGGGCAAUGCCCGUCUGCCAGUGAAGUGGAUGGCGCCAGAGAGCAUCUUUGACUGUGUCUACACUGUCCAGAGUGACGUGUGGUCCUACGGCAUCCUCCUGUGGGAGAUCUUCUCAUUAGGUAAGAGCCCCUACCCCAGCAUGGUGGUGGAUUCCAGGUUCUACAAGAUGGUGAAGCGCGGCUACCAGAUGUCCCAGCCGGACUAUGCCCCUCCUGAGAUCUACACAGUCAUGAAGAUGUGCUGGGAUCUGGAGCCCACUGAGCGGCCAACGUUCAGCAAGAUCACUCACAUGAUAGGGAGCCUGCUGGGGGAUGAACCUGAGCAGGAGCAGUUUGUGUACCAGAAUGUGCAGCAGCAGGUCACCGAGGGGGAGACGUGUGACGAGCCCAAUUGCUGCGAUGUCCCCUGUGACCCGUCUUGUGACCAGGAGGAAGAGGAGCAGCCUCUGAUGAAGACCAACAACUACCAGUUUUGUUGACGUGCCAAAGCGUGAGCGCUCGUGCCGCCACCAGCUGCAGGUGACAAAGCUGCUUCUCACCACUGGACAGUGGCAGAGCCGCCUCCACAGCUUUGCUUGGUUCUUUCCUGUCGUGCCUGCUGCCCAGACAGACAGGCAGCGGCAGCAAAGCAUGUGACUGGCGUUUCUGCAGCCCGUGACUGGACACUGGCAAGAAAACGUGUCCAAGACCACACAAGCAUCCACAGCCGUGCCUUCCGCUAAGAAUACUGUUAAUAAAAUACUGUAAAGUUUUAUACAGUACAUUCAUUAUGACCUUUUGUUACUGAACCUUGAGAGCAAAUGGUUUGUUUUUGAGGAGUUCUUCUGUCAGCAGCUUCACUUCCCUCUAUCGCAUGUAAAGUUUCUCAGAGGAAGCCAACCAGUGUGAGCUCCUCAUCUUAUUGUGAUAGGGUACAGCGAGUGAUCCAGACUGUGUUUCUGCAACAUGAACUACGACUGAACUGAGCAGGGAAAAAUCUGUGGAUCCGUGAUGCCUCAGAUAAACAACGUUUCAUGUCUGUGAACAAUGUGAACAGCUAUUUUUGCGAGUGGCACAUUUUAAUCUUCUCAUUUUUUUAAAAGGUGUCAGAUGAGUAUGAGCGUUUGUCAGCCUACACUGCCAACUGCAUGAUAUUAGACAAACUUAUAAGCUAUGUGAGAUGUAGACUGCAAAUUUCAGCUUUUUUUAAACAGAACACCAAUGACCUGUCAGGUAUUGUAUAUAUCUAAUGAUGUUAUUUUAAAAAUGACCUUUAUUUUUUGCUGGAGUGUUGUAGAGUAGUAGUAGUAGUCAGUAUUACUGUAUGUGAUGUGUUGUUGUUGUGCCUUUGCGAUGAUCCGUGCAAAAGCUACAAAAUAAAUCAAUGAAAAGAUGUUGAAUAAAGCUUCACUGUAAGAAGA